GGUAGAUUCAUUACUGCAGUGCGCUAUCUAUGCUGGAGUAAUUUCAUUACGUGGUUGAGCCUUUAUCUAGUUUUCUUUAUAACCGACUGUACUGACGCUGACUGACACUGAAUUCCGAAUUGUCAUUUUGACUCCUGACAUCUGUCACACGUGUUUAUUUCCUUCCAUUUUCCCCUGUAUUUUGUAGGUUUCCAGUAUGGGGGCUUACAAAUACGUGCAAGAGCUGUAUCGCAAGAAGCAAAGCGAUGUCCUUAGGUUCUUACUUAGAAUUAGAGUAUGGCAAUACCGUCAACUGACCAAGUUGCAUAGAGCCCCCAGGCCUAGCCGCCCGGAUAAGGCACGAAGAUUGGGCUACAGAGCUAAACAAGGGUAUGUAAUCUACCGCAUUAGGGUACGACGUGGAGGUCGCAAGCGCCCAGUACCAAAAGGAGCAACUUAUGGCAAACCAAAAAGUCAUGGAGUUAAUGAAUUAAAACCUGUGCGUAACUUGCAAUCUAUUGCUGAGGUAUGAAACAUCCCUACUAAUAUUACAAAUGAGAAAGUGUGGAUUUUUGUUUCUCAA